UACGUAAACUGCCGUAUAAUAAUGGCCAAUGCGCAUCGGACCAACGUUUUAGUCACGUCAUGCCUGAAGACCCCCGUAGAUCCGCACACUAAGGCGCCUUUGGCUUCAUACGAGCGGGAACGAGUCCUCCCCUGCGCCGACAACACGGAAUAUGACCACGAGUUGGAGUUUGAGGACUGUGGGUCUGAGUUCUAUGAUGAAGAUUAUCUGAGGAGCAGAGGUCCUGUGGUGAACCUUAGAGGUUCAGGUGACCGCAUCGACCUCAGUAAAAUCUUCUUCUCAAAUGAGGAGUACUACACCAAACUGGAGGAGCUGAAGAAGGCCCAUCUCCGCACCAUGGCCGAGCUGGAGAGCAUGUACCGGAGGAAACUACAACUCAAGUCCACUGAGCCACUGGACGGAGAAGCAACUGAGGCCGGGCACAGGAUUCAUUGGUCCAACAGCAGUCCUUUAGUUUCCCAUCAUCUGAGGAAGUCCCACUCUGCGGUCGAGCUUCGGUAUGGGCUCUCCGACUCAUCAGACGAAGACGAGAACAUAGACACCAGUAAUGCAGAGAAAUGUUUCCAAUUUUCCCCAAAUGAACACAUAAAAAACAUGUGGCUGGACUUUCAACUCUCCCCUUCAACGCGACGCCUCUCCUCCUCCUCCCUGCGCAGUCUAUCCCUCGACCCGCACAAUCCCAAAAAGCGUAGACGCAAGAAGAGAUCCAGUAAAGAGAAGUGGAGUCAUCGUGUGACUGUACCUAAACCAUUCCACAUGAUGCUUCGAGAAGAAGAGAGGAGAAAAAGAGGGAUAAAAACCCGCUCCGAAAUCGAACACGAAAACGCAGAGCUGAGAAGACAACUGGAGGAGCUCACCGAAUGCCAAAGAAAGUUCAGAGCUAGUCCAGUCCCCGCCCAUGUCCAUCUACCUCUGUUUGAAGAGCUACAAGAAAAAAGCGAGGAACGAAGGAAAACUAUCAGACAAGAAAAUUACCUAAAAAAUCUCCAGAAGCCAUUUAGCUUUUUAGAAAGGGAGAGGUUGAAGAAGGAGCAGAAGCAACAGCAAAAAGCAGCAUCGUCCGAUCAAGAUAAGUGCAAGCCAUUUAAAGCAAAACCAGUGCCCAAGUCUGUGUAUGCAGCAGCCACUGGGGAGCAAAUGAAGGAAGAACAAUUGUACCGGUCUAUCAAGAUACAAAUGAGAGCUCAAGAGAUGCUUUCCAGUGCUUCAAUGCCACCUUCUAUGCUAACACAUCGACUUAGCCAACGCAAAAAGACCAAAGAUGAGGAGGAAAAGGAUUGCACUCAUCAACCAAAGAUCAACAAAGAGCUCCCCGAUUUUGACGCCAGCUACAGGCGGUUUAAGAAACACCUGGAGAAGCGCAAAGAGGUGAAACCCACCACGUCCUGUGAGCCAUUUGAACUGAAGACGUCCCAAAUCUCAUCUCAUCGGGAGAGGAUUCUGGCUGAGAUUGAGAAGGAGCAAAGGAGCCCCAAAGUUCUGCGCUGGCCCUACAGCCCAGAGCCGCCCCGUCACACCCCCUCCUCCAGCCUCUGCUCCUCUUUGUCCGGCAGCACUGAGCUCCUGCCCAGCAAGAGCACCAGUGCAACCAGGAAAAGACAAGAGGCUGUCAGAAAGGCAUUGGAGCAGAGGAGGAGGGUGGAUGCAGAGGAGGAGCAGUGGAGAGAGAAACAGAGACAGAGAGAGAAGAGGCUGCAGACAAUGGUGGUGAAACGUGCCCAAGCCAAUGACCCACAUGUGUCCCUGUCCCAAACUCUGCCCAGUAAACUCAAGGAAUUCAGGAAAAUAGACCUUCAGCGUAAGAAGGAGUACCAACAGGAGACAAAGGAGAUGAGACAAAGAGUCAAGGGGAGACCACUUCUACUGGAACAGGUGGCACAGAGGAAUGCCAAACAGGCUGCAGAGAAGCGCUUCACAGAAGCUCUUCAGGGCUGUGGUGUGACCCAGGAUUUCAUCACUAAAAAUGCAUCCAUCUCCACAUCUGCUUCCAAACCCUCCUCCUCUAGCGACAGCAAACUCAGCGACAGAGAUGACCCAGACAUGGGUUACAAACCUGUGCACUUCAGAAAGGUCUACCUGAACGAUGAGGGCGUGGAAGGGGGAGGACAGAGUGAUGGAGAGAAAGAGGAAGAGAGAGAUGAGGAGAGAAAGGGGGAGCAUUCAUCAGAGGAGGAUUGUCCUGCAGAAUCUGAUGAGAGCUACUCUGAUGACUACGAACAGAAUUCAGAUAACAGCGGACAAGAGGAGAGCAAAGAGGAGGCAAAUUAA